CGCGUCACUGUUCACUCGUGUGGUGUCAAUAAAGCUUUGGGGAGAACGCGUGGGGUUGGCUCAGCUGCCAUAAAAAUACUUCCAGAAGCAAAAGAAGGUCGGCCAGAAAAAUACGAAUAACAACUCUUCCCGCUUCGAUACACAACGACUUGGGAAUUGUUUUUAGGCCUUAAAUUGACUUCGGAGCGUGUGAAAAGACGACAGAAGAUGGCAGAAAGCGACUGGGACACCGUGACUGUUUUGAGGAAGAAGGGGCCGAGUGGUGCUCAGUCCAAGUCGAAGCAGGCAAUCAACUCAGCUCAGAGACGUGGGGAGGAUGUGGAGACAACCAAGAAAUGGGCUGCGGGGCAGAACAAGCAACAACUAGUGACAAAGAACACGGCCAAACUGGACCGCGAGACGGAGGAGCUCCAUCACGACAGGGUCUCCUUGGAGGUGGGCAAAGUCAUCCAGAAGGGGAGACAAGAUAAAGGCUUCACCCAGAAAGAUCUCGCCACUAAAAUCAACGAGAAGCCGCAAGUCAUCUCGGAUUACGAGUGCGGGAAAGCCAUCCCCAGCAACCAAGUCAUGGGCAAGAUUGAGAGAGCUAUCGGCCUGAAACUGCGUGGGAGGGAAAUUGGCCAACCCCUGGAACCAAAACCCAAGAAGAAAUGAACACAAAGCCUCGAAAUCAGCCCCUCCCCCACGCUGCCCCUCAAUCCCGCUCUCCUCUCCCCGGGCUGAUGUGACCAGCGUUCCUGCCUUAGGACCUGGUUCUCCACUUGUAUCACAGGCUGCACAUGGACAAGUGGUACCAACACAACAGAGCGUUUUCUUUUUCUUUUUGGCUCCUUUUGGCCAACUUUUGCUUCCACUGUGGCAUGACUCGCUCUAAUUAUGGCGGAAGACGGCGUAUAAUCCUUUUCAACAACGUCGGUGUGAUCAGGUGAAGGCUUGAGCAUGUUUCAACGGCCAAAAGUGCUUGAUUGCGUCUUUUUUUCACACACUUAGCGACAGUUUGCGUGGAUGUCAUUAACAGUGAUGAAAUGUUUUUAAGGCUCUGCUUUGUUUCGUUGGAAAAUAAAGUUUGGCACUUCA